AAAGUUAUCGAUUAUCGAUUGAAACAUUUAGUUUUUGUUAUUCUGUUUUUAUAUUGUUUUUAAUCAGCGAACAGAAUCUAAAAAUUACUACAACCACGAUACUCUGCGUACGCAGGUACCAAUAAGCUGAGACAGGAAACUUGGCAGCGCCGAACUGAGCAAACAUCACGAUCGGAAAAAGAAAUUCGAUUUCAUCACAAUGGGCAAGGAUUACUACAAGAUUCUGGGCAUUGAGAGGAACGCGAGCACAGAAGAGAUAAAGAAGGGAUACCGCCGGAUGGCGCUCCGUUACCAUCCGGACAAGAACGACCACCCACAGGCCGAGGAGCACUUUAAGGAGGUGGUUGCCGCCUUUGAGGUCCUGUCCGACGAGGAAAAGCGCCAGAUCUACGACAAGUUCGGUGAGGAGGGUCUGCGAUGUGGUGACGAGCCAGCGACCUUCGCCCAGCCCACGUCCGACAUGCUGCCGUUCAUGUGCGCCGUCGGCGGAACCGUGCUGUUCGCAUUCGCGGCCUACAAAACAUUCCAGUUCUUUACCCGGAAAAAGGAGCCGGCCGCCAACGGCGAUGGAUCGUCGUCGGACUGACUUAAGGAUAUUCUAAUCAAGGUCAAACAGAUUGAAAAAUAUAUGUUUUAAGAACUUUAACGCAAUAGGUUUAAGGUUCGUGUAUAAAGGUUAAGUUAUUUACUGUUAUUUUAUAUAUUUUAGUCCAUUAAAUCGAAUGCAAAAGCCGGGAUCGAUGAUUUCGAACAUAUGCAUACAUACAUAUGUAAUAUGUAUAUUAUCGACCAGAGCUGACAAUUUGCGCUCAAUACUGUCAAUUCAUAAUAGCAGGACUGUCGAAUUGUAUAACUUUACAACAGUCUUUAAAAUUUAAACAACUUAACUUUUACGAUUACUUCAAAAGUAAACUACGAUUUCACAUAGAAGAUAAAUUAAUAGAUAAUACGUUAUCAACUAUAAAAGGAUUUUUAAUAAGAGCUUCUUGAAUAUAUUAGAACAAAAAAUUGCAAUACAUUAGGUGUGCAACGAUAUUAUUUAAUGCAAUUUUCAAACGAUGAUUAACAUAAUAAAUGCGGGUAUUAACUUUGUAAAAAA